UUGUUUUAAAUCAUCUCCCGCACCAGCCCUUUCAAGAUGAAUGGCAGGUGUACAGGGGAAACUGUAUGGGUCAUAGUACUAAAGGAUCAGUUGUUUAUGCGGGUGUGGAUAUGACAACUGGUGAACUAUGUGCAAUUACUGAGUGGACAUUUAAAAUACGUACGACUAAAGACAAAAGCAACAUACAACACAUUACCAAACAAAUAGGAAGUCUCGAACAAGCAAUAAAUCAUUUACACAAAUUGCAUCAUCCAAACCUUGUACGAUAUUUAGACAUGAAAUAUUUAGAAGAUGGAGAUGCUGCACUUAUUUAUGUUCUUCAAGAGUUUGUGAUAGGUACUAGCUGUUCCUUCUUCUUGGCAAAGAACAUUCCUGUAGAUAUUGAUCUCUUCCGAUAUCUGGCAACCGGAAUUCUUCUUGCUUUAAAAUUCCUCCAUGAAAACAAUGUUGUUCACAAGGACUUACGUGACACAAGUAUUUACAUUGAUCGUACUGGAACAGUGAAAGUAUCAGAUUAUUCGCUCAAUAAACGAUUAUCUGAUAUUUAUCAAACGUAUACGUUAGUCAAACCUGAACAAGAGUUUCCCAGCAUCCAAGGAAGAGGUGGAAAAAAAGCCGAUAUAUACCGUUUCGGUGCUCUUAUGUUUUCUCUACUGAAUGGAGUCAUUGCUUCUGGAGAUAAAAUCGAUCCAACAGUAAUCACACAGCCUGAUCUCCAGGAUUUUUUAUUAAAGUGUCUUACUAAUGACGAACGGAAGCGAUGGUCCGCUGAACAAUUAUUAGAGCACACUUUCAUUAAAGCACCUUUAGCUCGUGCUCUCCCGCCACCAAAAGUACCACGCAGAGAUGAACAGAAGAACCACGCACCCGAAGAAACAGACACGGACAUUCGGCGAUACCUACCGUCUUUGGGUGGCCACUCAAGAAUUACAAAUGAAUUCGAAGUUCUCGAAUGGCUCGGCAAAGGUGCCUUUGGCGAUGUUCUUAAAGUAAAAAAUAAAUUGGAUGGUGGAAUUUACGCUAUUAAAAGAAUAGAACUUAACCCAAAGAACAAGCAACUCGAUAGAAAAAUCACCAGAGAAGUCAAAUCACUGUCACGCAUGACUCAAAGAAAUGUAGUGCGAUAUUAUAAUUCCUGGAUCGAAAACGCUACAGAUGAUAUGGAAAAUCUGCCAGAUAGCGGUGAGGACAACAGCGAUGUAUCCAUGGUUACCGACAAUGUCAAAGAUAUUGCAUGUGGAACCGUUGCCUCCAACAGUAUAGAAUUUGUAAAAGAUUCAAAGUGCCAAGAAACUGUGUCAAGUACAAAAGAGGAUGAAACUGGAGAUACAUGUUCAUCUAAGGCAACAGUAAGUAAAAUUCAAUUCAUGUGCAUUCAAAUGGAAUUCUGUAAAAGGAGUACUCUUCGUACUGCGAUUGAUAAUGAUCUUUACAAAAAUCAAAAAAGAGUGUGGAGAUUAUUCGAAGAAAUAGUUGAAGGUCUAGCACAUAUUCAUCGACGGGGAAUAAUACAUAGAGACUUGAAACCAGUAAACAUAUUUUUAGACAGUAACGAUCAUGUAAAAAUUGGAGAUUUCGGCCUGGCUAGAAAUAUGUUGUCUUCAUUUGUGCCAACUAUGGCAACCAAUAAAGAACCUCAAGUUUCCAAGAAAGGGAUCAGCUUUAGCACAGAAGACAUAGGUUCUCUAACAGGGCAAGUAGGCACAGCACUUUAUGUAGCUCCUGAGCUAAUGAUGAAAGCCCCUUAUGAUCAAAAAGUUGAUAUUUAUAGUCUUGGAAUAAUACUAUUCGAAAUGUGUUACAAACCACCAGCAACAGGAAUGGAGCGCAUCAAGGUUUUACAUAAUUUACGGUUAAAAGAAAUCAUAAUUCCAACAGAAAUGCUACAGGCAGACAUACCACUACAAAUCCAUAUCUUACGGAGGCUAUUGAAUCACGAUCCCAAUCAACGACCCAAGGCUCAAGAAAUUCGUAGUCCUCGAGCCAACGCGCUUUCAUUCGGCCAA